AAAGGAAGUCAGCAGAGAAAUCGGAAGACUUUAUCAGGAACGAGCAACUAAAGAAAAGAAAAGAAAAGGGAAGCGAUCGAGAAGCAGAAGAAGAUGAUGGUACAGACCACGGAAGCGAUCGACCCUACCCAGUCCCAGUCCCAGUCACAGUCCCAGUCACAGCCUCAGCCUCAGCCUCAGCUUCAGCCCCAGCCCCAGGCUCAGUCGGUUCGAGUAUCCCCACCAGCAGUCGAAUUGGAUCCAGCUGUAAUUGAAGCAGAGAGACUAGACAGCUUCAUCAACACACUCAUCAACAACUCAACAACAACAACAACAACCACUAACAACAACAACAACAGCAAUAACAACAACACUAAUAAAACAGAAAACACUCCCAUCCUCAUCUCAAACGAAGAACUAGCACAACAACAACAACAACAACAACAACAUUUGGGCAGAGGGAAGAAAUGGCAGCCAGAGGAGGACGAACAGCUGUCACGGGCAUGGCUCAAAGUCUCGGAAGAAAACCCCGCAGGAUCGUCUACUUCGACCGACCAACGCUCGGUUCAUGAUACCUUCUGGAACCGGGUCUCCGACGAAUUCCUGCGCUCCUCUCCUGGCUCUCGUCGACCACCUCGAUCGAUCCAACAGAGAUGGGCUAAAUUGCAUCAAAGCAUCAGCCAAUUCGGCGAGUGUUACGAAGAGCAAGAGAGUCGCUUACGCAGCGCGGGCACGGAAACCGAAGAGGCGGGAGCGGAAGGAAGCAUGGCCGAACGAGUGCUGAUCGAGGCGAUGAAGCAAUACAAACAGCGCACCGAACAGAACUUCAUCCAUUACACAUGCUGGACCAUCCUGCGGGACCGCAAGCAAUGGACCGAGCAUCUCGCCAAGCCGCGCAUGAUGCCCCUCAAACGCAAACUCACCGCCACAGACGAUCUGCAGGCUACUGAGAACGAGCCCGGAACGCUCCUUCAUCCUUCGCUCGUCGCUCAUCCGUUUCCCUCCACUGCUUCUACUGCUGCUACUCAUACUCACGAAGCAGUCGAUAUUCCCACCCGGCCUGCUCUCCCUCUCUUACCGCCUUCCAAAACUCUCAAACUGACCCCUUCUUCGUCUUCUACUCACCAACCUCAACCCCAACCUCAACCCGCUCUUCCUCCUCCACAACAAGCUCCACAGCACCCUCCCCCUCCUUCCCCCUCCUCCUCCCCCUCUUCGUCUUCUCCGCCGCCACCGGAGCUGAUGGCUCUCAACGAAAAACGAUUGACGUUGAUCCAAGACUUGGUGGACUCGAUCAAGGAGAAAAACCGACUGUUGAGCCAGUUCAACCAGCUCGAACGCGAAACUAACCAGAUCAAAAUCAUGGCCCAGUUCAACUCCGACGAGUCCCAGCUUUGGUUCAAACUCAAACAACAGGAAAUCCUCAACGAAUUCAACCUGAAUAUCCUCUCUUGAUUUUUCUUCUUUUGGACUUUGUCCAUCUAUGGUCCUCUUUGAUGUAUUCUGUUUGUUUUGCUCAAUCCACUGUCCCGGACAAAUAAUUAAAAACCAGUUUAACCCCAAUCCGGCCUCUCAAUAUCUCUCUUUCUCCACA